GAGGCAGGAGGGAAACCACACAGAGAAGAUGAGGGAAGAACCCAUUCCUUGCCAAGGAGGGGAUUUCCUUGAAGUCAUUCCCAAGACAGAGGAAAUAGGCAAAUGGUUGGAGUGUGGACUGAACUUCUCAGAUCAAACUCAGUAUAAUAUCCAUUUGGGAAAGCACCCUGGAAAGGAUGUCCAUAAAUGCCUGCAGUGUGGAAAGAGCUUCCAUUGUGGAGAAGAGCUCAUUAAACACCAAAGAAUCCAUAUAGCAGAGAAACUGUAUAGUUGCUCAGACUGUGGCAAGAGGUUCUCAGAGAAAACAAACCUUAUUCAACACCAGAGAGUUCAUUCAGAAGGGCAACUAUUUAUCUGCUCAGAGAGUGGAAAGAGUUUCUUUGCACAUAAAUGCUUUCUGUGUGGAAAGUACUUCAAGUACAGAUCAGCGCUCCUUUUGCACCGAAGAACCCACACAGGGGAGAAACCUUUCGAGUGCUCAGAGUGUGGAAAGAAAUUCAGUAGGAAUUUCUGCCUUCAACAGCAUCAGAGAACCCACACAGGGGAGAAACCUUUUGAAUGCUCACAGUGUGGAAAGAGAUUCGGUCAGUGUGUCACUCUUCAGCAGCAUCAGAGAAUCCACACAGGGGAGAAACCAUUUGAAUGCUCAGUGUGUCGAAAGAGAUUCAGUCAUGGUGUCAGUCUUCAACGGCAUGAAAGAAUCCACACAGGGGAGAAACCUUUUGAAUGCUCCGAAUGCGGAAAGAAAUUCAGUAGGAGUUUCCAUCUUUUACAUCAUCACAGAACCCACACAGGGGAGAAACCUUUUGAAUGCUUAGAAUGUGGAAAGAAAUGCACUAGGAGUUUUCAUCUCCAACAACAUCUAAGAACACACACAGGAGAGAAACCUUUUGAAUGCUCAGAGUGUGGGAAGAAAUUCAGUCAGAAUGGCAAUCUUCUAAAUCAUUACAAAACCCACAGAGGGGAGAAACCUUUUGAAUGCUCAGUGUGUGGAAAGAAAUGCAGUAGGAGUUUCCAUCUUCAACAACAUCUAAGAACCCACACAGGGGAGAAACCUUUUGAAUGCUCAGAGUGUGGAAAGAAAUUCAGUCAGAGUGGCAAUCUUCAACAGCAUCUAAGAACCCACAGAGGGGAGAAACCUUUUGAAUGCUCCGAGUGCGGAAAGAAAUUCAGUAGGAGUUUCCAUCUUCAACAACAUCUAAGAAAUCACACAGGGGAGAAACCUUUUGAAUGCUCAGUGUGUGGAAUGAGUUUCAACUGGAGUGGCUAUCUUGAACGGCAUCAGAGAACACACACAGGGGAGAAACCUUUUGAAUGCUCAGAGUGUGGAAAGAAAUUCAAUAGGAGUUGCAAUCUUCAACGGCAUCAAAGAACCCACACAGAGAGAAACCUUUUGAAUGUUCAGACUGUAGAAGUAGUUUCACUCACAGAUUCUGCCUUCAAUGACAUCAACUAA